UUUAGGCAAAAAAGGGUGGGCAAAAGAUCUACCCUAUCCCGUCGUUGGUGUAUUUGAUGUCUAUCGUCAAGCAGAUAGUAUCGUACUUUGUAAACAUGAACCGCCUAUCUCAUUAGACAGAAGCAUCAUAGGCAAUGUACUUCGACUCAGGAACAGAUCAAGGGAUCUUGUCACUGCCUAUGUUGGCGUCCACGAAGACAGCUUGUACGCCAUGUCGACCAAGUAUUAUCCAUUGAUGCAACUCUCUGAGUGGUCCUCCAUGUACACCGGCCGAAGCCCGGAUGAACUUCCGAAUCUGACAAUUGACGGGCCCCUACCGAAUACCUCGCAAGCUGAAUGGACACAGGUGCAGCCUCACCCUAGCUGUUGUCGUGGCUGCCAAAAUCACAUCAAGUGUAUCAUUGGUCAACAUGUCGUCCAAAACACCGUCAUUGAUUCUCCUUAUCAGAAACUGACCUUUGAUGACGAAGAUACCGACCAGGACGACCACACGGAUGACUCAGACCAGGACGAGAUGAGAGAUGGAUAUGUUCACCGCGAGACCAAGACAGGGUUCUUUUAUAAUGGCUUUGGCAAGUUCUGGAAGAGUUAUAUGCUUGUCGGCGCUGUGUUUGUUUACGUCUAUCGAGACCGCAUGGUCACGUUCUAUGAAGUCAAGGUGCUUCCCAAAUGGAAGCAAAUCCAAAAGAAGAAGGCCAAGGUGAAAAAGACAAAGGCUAGAAUCGCUGCUGCCAUUCAAGAACAAAAAGAAAAGAUUAAACGAUAGUGGAAUCAAGAUAUCAAAUGAGCAAGAAGAAAAAGCCAAGACAGACCAAGAGAAGACAGAAAACGAUGAGCGAAAGGAAAAGAAGGAGGAGGAAACGAAGGCACCACAAGCAGAAACAAAAAUUGCAGUAGUUAAAACUGUAUCUAAUGGAUUGGAUCUUGAAAACUUUAAACAAUCCAAGUCAACAGUAUUGGAAAUAUCAGAAACCGUACUUGGUUAU